ACAAACCAGCUCCAUUUCCAUUUUGCUACCAACCGCAGCUUGUUCAGUCUUUCUUGAAGCUUUGUUACUCCCAUUCAUGGCUCGCUCUGUGCCUUUGGUUUCAACCAUUUUUGUCUUGCUACUGCUUCUGGUGGCCACUGAGAUGGGGCCAACAAUGAUGGCAGAAGCAAGAACCUGUGAGUCUCAGAGCCACCGUUUCAAGGGACCAUGUGUGAGUGACACCAACUGUGGUUCCGUUUGUCGAACGGAACGUUUCACUGGAGGACAUUGCCGUGGCUUCCGUCGCAGAUGCUUCUGCACCAAACACUGUUAAAAGAAUUAUGAGUGCUUUGGGAAUAUUUUCAAUGGAAGAUGAUGGAUCUAUCAUCUUUCUACUCGUGUUGUCAACCACCUUGUGUUUGAGAAUAAGGUUACCCAUUAUGUGGGUCUCUUUGCUUGUCCCUUAUUUUAUGUAGUUUGUUCGUUUUAUGAUUCGAGGGAGUGUGUGAAUGUGAAGCAAUGUAAUCCGUGUUCUUAAUUUAGUACUGUGUUAGUAACUUUUAUUUCUGUCAUAUUUUGGUUUGUUUGAUUGUUUGGGAAAUAAUAUUUAUUGGAAGAAAUAGUACAUGUAUUUGAUGGCAUGCA